AAAUUACCCCCUCUUUUUCCUGCUUUCGUUCAACCGUUGAUAAAUUGGUAAUAAUUAGUGAACUUUAAUAUCAGAAUCAAUGGAAUCCGGAGCUACUAAACGGAGCAGCUCUGAAUCAUUUGUUCCGGUAUCGGUGCCCGAUCCGGAACCGAUGGGUCAGUCGGAAUCAGAAGAAAAUCUUACUGAUAUUUACGGAAAGGAGGAGACGACGCCGUAUGAUGGUCAGAAGGAGAUUUUGAAAGCACUGGAAGUGUUGGAGCGAGAUUCGGUAGCAAUCGCUGGGAGCUUCACCUCUCUCUUUUCUUCUCUCCGUUUAGUCCUCUCACAGGCAACCAGCACGUCGGUUGAUCAUAUGAAUUGCUUCGGUGAUGCAGCUGGUGGCCUUCAAGAAUGUGUGCUCGAUGCAGCGACAAAAGGAAACCGGUACAUAAAUUCGUGUCUCAGAAUAAAUGAAGAAAUGAAAGGGAUUGAAAGCCUUGCCACACAGCUAAAAUUCCUCCGGAGGAAUGUAGAUGCAUUGGACUCUGAAGUGAAUAGGCUUGUUACCUUUCCAUGAGGAGAUGAUACUAACGAAUGAAGCUUCACAGUUGCUUGUACAUACAACAUGCUGCUAAUUAUUUCAUGCUUAAAGGUGGAAGUGCUAGGUUGCCCAAGAAAUGCAAUUAAAGAGAUAAAACGGGGAAGAAAAGCAUUGUUUAGCUCCGGUAAGGAGUGUGUUUUCGACUCAAAGGCCAGCAGCUUCUACAAAUCUUUAUAGUAUUGUUUAUAGGGCAUUUCCUCGAACCAUGAGUUAAUGAGUUACCUUUUAUACGGACUGCGUUGUACUUCAUUCUAAACAUAUUUAUGCCUUCACAUUUUUCAGUAAUUAUUUAAAGAUUUUUAGGAGUCGUGAAAAUUUC